GGGGUCCGAACCGAGGCUUCCCCUGCCGGCCGGGAGGCGCGGGGACGGGCGGGUGUCCCCGGGGGCCGACGAGCUCGAGCAGGGGCGCAGGGCGGGUCCUGUGAGGAAGACGCCGUCAGGUGCGCCGCGGCCCGGGCGCCGGAGCUGGGCUCGGAGCUCUCUCCGCCCCCUGGAAUUCAGCCCCGCCGCGGCCCCCGGGGCGACCCGGGCCCCGACCGCCCUUGCGGGAGCGAGCCCCGGAGCGGUCCCCUGGCUUGUCCAGGCAGUUCGAAGAGGGGCUGUCGGGGCUGCUUCGUGGAACUUGAAGGGAGCCUGGCUUCCGGGAGGAGGGUGGUGGCGGCGGCGGGAGGGAGUCCCUGGGGGCGGGGAAGGGGAAUGGGUCCGCGCCUGUGGGCCUUGGAGAAGCCUGACCGCCUUGGGGUUAGCUGCGGGGACCCAGCCGGGCUCUGAGUUGCUGUGCGGUGUUAGUGAUCGGCGUGGCCGGGGGCCAGAGUGGAAGGGGUUGCAGAGAACCUGAGGUGUGGAUGGAGGCGGGGCGGGGUGGGGGGCAAAUCCACGAACCGUAAAGGGAUGGGGAACGUGACCUGGGUGCAGACCCCAUCAGCGUCGUCGGUUUAUUCCCCAACGUUAGAGGUGCUGCCGGGAGACUGCACUCUUGGCAUCCCUCCCACCCAGGUUUUGCCUGCCUUCUGGUUUAGGGAAGAGGGUGUGUGUCAAAAUUCUUUUUUCCUCAGGCUGGCGUUCUGAGGCGGGCACUCUGAUGAGCCGAUAGGCCUAGAAGGAUGGUAGAAGAGCACAUUUCCCUCCAGUUUGGUGGGUAUUGUUAGAAAACGUCAGGUCUUAGAGCUGAAGUAUGGCCGCCCUGCCUGACUCAUCUGGAAAUGGCCUUGCACGCUGUUGUGUAGGCGGGACGGUGGACGUGUGACUUUGCUGAGUAUAAAGGCCCCCUUCUGUCUCCAGGACACCAUGAACGCCAUCGUCGCUCUCUGUCACUUCUGUGAGCUCCACGGCCCCCGCACUCUCUUUUGCACCGAAGUUCUGCACGCCCCACUUCCUCAGGGGGCUGGGAAUGGGGACAGCCCUGGGCAGGGCGAACAGGCCGAGGAGGAGGAAGGUGGCAUUCAGAUGAGUAGUCGGAUCCGCGCUCACAGCCCGGCGGAAGGGGCCAGCGCGGAGUCCAGCAGCCCGGGGCCCAAAAAGUCAGACAUGUGCGAGGGCUGCCGGUCACUUGCUGCAGGCCAUCCUGGGUAUAUCAGCCAUGAUAAAGAGACCUCGAUUAAAUAUGUCAGUCACCAGCACCCCAACCACCCCCAGCUCUUCAGCAUUGUUCGCCAGGCCUGUGUGCGGAGCUUGAGCUGUGAGGUCUGCCCUGGCCGUGAAGGCCCCAUCUUCUUUGGAGAUGAGCAGCAUGGUUUCGUGUUCAGCCACACUUUCUUCAUCAAAGACAGCCUGGCCCGGGGCUUCCAGCGCUGGUACAGCAUCAUCGCCAUCAUGAUGGACCGGAUUUACCUCAUCAACUCCUGGCCCUUCCUGCUUGGAAAGAUCCGAGGGAUCAUUGACGAACUUCAGGGCAAAGCACUCAAGGUAUUUGAAGCAGAGCAGUUCGGAUGCCCACAGCGUGCCCAGAGGAUGAACACGGCCUUUACGCCAUUCCUGCACCAAAGGAAUGGUAAUGCCGCUCGUUCGCUGACCUCCUUGACAAGCGAUGACAACUUGUGGGCGUGCCUGCACACCUCCUUUGCUUGGCUCCUGAAAGCGUGCGGCAGCCGGCUGACUGAGAAGCUCCUGGAGGGCGCCCCCACGGAGGACACCUUGGUCCAGAUGGAGAAGCUUGCGGACUUAGAAGAGGAAUCAGAAAGCUGGGACAACUCUGAGGCUGAAGACGAGGAGAAAGCCCCUGUCGUGCCAGACGGUGCAGAAGGGCGGGAGCUGACCAAAUGCCCAGCAGAGUCUUCCUUGCUCUCAGACUGUGGAAACUGGCAGCCCCGAAAGCUGUCUGUCUUUAAGUCCCUUCGGCACAUGAGGCAGGUCCUGGGUGCCCCGUCUUUUCGCAUGUUGGCCUGGCAUGUUCUCAUGGGGAAUCAAGUGAUCUGGAAAAGCAGAGACGCAGACCUUGUCCAGUCAGCUUUUGAAGUUCUUCGGACUAUGCUGCCGGUGGGCUGCGUCCGCAUCAUCCCUUACAGCGACCAGUAUGAGGAGGCCUACCGGUGCAACUUCCUGGGGCUCAGCCCCCACGUGCAGAUCCCCUCCCACGUGCUGUCCUCAGAAUUUGCUGUGGUCGUGGAGGCCCACACAGCCCCUCGCUCCAGCCUCCACCCGGUCGGGUGCGAGGAUGACCAGUCCCUCAGCAAGUAUGAGUUCGUGGUGACCAGUGGAAGUCCCGUGGCCGCGGACCGAGUUGGCCCCACCAUCCUGAACAAGAUGGAAGCUGCUUUGAGCAACCAGAAUCUGUCUGUGGGUGUGGUGGACCAGUGCCUCGUCUGCCUCAAGGAGGAGUGGAUGAACAAAGUGAAGGUCCUCUUUAAAUUCACCAAGGUGGACAGUCGGCCCAAAGAGGACACGCAGAAGCUCCUCAGUAUCCUUGGAGCAUCCGAGGAGGACAAUGUCAAGCUGCUCAAGUUCUGGAUGACGGGUCUGAGCAAAACCUACAAAUCGCACCUCAUGUCCACUGUCCGCAGCCCCACGGCCUCAGAGCCUCGUAAUUGACCCCGCCGUGGGACUCUGAGCCCACGUUCACCUGAAAAGCGGCGAUUGCCAUCUUCGCCGCUGAGCUCAGAGACGGGUCUCCGAGGGCAGUCACAGACCACUCCUGUUUCCUGGUAAGGAAUGGAAACUGUUGGGGCUGAACUUUGCCCUCUCUGUGGGAUUUGGGCCUGGUGUAGUUUUCAGUACCAUGCCACAAGCCAGUUGGAUUGCUCCAGCUCUGAAGGGGGCACAGAGACACUUGGGACACUAGGUCCCCUGUGUGUGUGCACCUCUGUGAGAGAUGACCAAAGACAAUGUGCAUCUCCUGUCUCUCAAGGAUUUCGAUCUCAGAAUUUAUAGGGAAAACACGUGAGGCCAGUCCCAACUUGGGUAUUUUGGCCACAGUAAAAAACCUCUCUUAAGGUUAAUGUUUGAACCUUUCUGUUCUGAAACCCAAGACUUCUCCAGGUUUUAUAUGUCUUCGUGUAUGUUUUGCUACAGUUGUGACUUUUCAGGGUCUGUGCCGAUCCUCAGUCAUUGUUAGUGAUCUGGUUUUGAGCUCUAGGAAUGGCUUUUGGGGUGGAAUGGAUGUUUUCCUCAUCUUUGGGCCUUCUGGGGUUCAUGUUCUGGAAUCAUGUAACUUCCAAGGCUUCUGGCCAUGCUCUUGGGUGGUUGCUUUGGCAUUUCCCUAUAGCUUGAGGACAGGCCCUGAUCUUUUUUUUUACACAAAGAUGAUACUUUGCUGAAAUGUUGGAUGGAGCCAUUUGUCUUGCCUGACUCACUGGAUGUGGAGUUGAGGAACCCACCACAGUUCUCUCCCGUAUCACUUUGCCCUUUAUUGAUUGCUUCUUUAAACAUUUACAUUUGGCAGCAGGUAACAAUUUUCAGACUAUGGUGAUUUAAGAACAUUUUCUCAUGCCAGUGUGCACCUUUAAUAAGGAUUCAUGGCUUGGAGGGAUUUUCCAGCAGUUUUGCUGAUUUGUUUAUAGUUCUUUGCUUAAUUUAUAUUUAACAUGGAGACUAAGUUUAUAUGACUAGGUAUCUAUCGUGCAAGAACAUUGAAACACAAUAAAGAUGUAUUUUUUU